UUGUGCGGAGGCAGAGGCAGAGGCCGAGGCGGAGAGAGUGCAAAGGCGAAGUCUUGGUCGCGCCAGCGAAGCGAGCAGCCCAAACAAGAAAGAGAAACAACUCCAAAUCCCCACGCCGAGUCGCCGAUCCGCGCUCCCCCACGGCCCACCGGCCACCGCCGGGCAGGCAUCCUCCCGAUCCGUACCUCCAUCAACCACCGCGCACCAGCCAAGCAGCGCCGCCGCCGCCGGCGAGACGCCAUGGACGGGAGCAGGAGGAAGAAGUGGGUCGCCUGGGCGGUGGCGGCCGCCAUCUUCGUCGUCCUCAUGCUCGUCACGCCCGCCAUCCCGCAGAACCAGGAGUACCACGACUUCGCCGACCAGCGCACCCUCUUCCUAGGUAUCCCCAACACGUUGAAUGUGAUUUCAAACAUCCCCUUCUUUUUCGUGGGUGUCACGGGCCUCAUCUUGUGCCAUUACAAAGAUUACUUCAGGCUGAGCUCACAGGGGGAGCUCUGGAGUUGGUCACUCUUCUUCGCUGGCGUCACUGCUGUUGCUUUUGGUUCUUCCUAUUACCAUCUCAACCCGAAUGAUGCCACCCUAGUUUGGGACAGACUACCUAUGACGAUUGCUUUUACCUCGAUCAUGGCCAUUUUCAUCAUCGAAAGGGUUGAUGAUAGAGCAGGAGCAAAGUCCCUUGCACCACUUGUGAUUGCUGGUGCCCUGAGCAUCCUGUAUUGGAGUUACUUUGAUGAUCUUCGCCCGUACGCAAUAGUUCAGUUUGUUCCAUGCAUUGCUAUACCUGUGAUGGCUAUAGUAAUUCCGCCGAUGUAUACGCAUUCAAGCUACUGGUUGUGGGCAGCAGGAUUCUACGUCCUUGCUAAAGUAGAAGAGGCUGCUGACAAGCCUAUCUAUAAAUGGACUCAUCAGAUUGUUAGUGGUCAUACUCUUAAGCAUCUUUGUGCUGCGAUGGUACCUGUUUUCUUGGCCCUCAUGCUAGCCAAAAGGACUAUUGAGCCAGAAAGGGUAAGCUUACUCCAGAAGUGGAAGAUCAAGUUGAUUACUGUGAGAGAAAGUCGGUCUGAGGAUGGGAAAACAAUCGGUGUCGAUUGCAACUACGCUGUUGUUUCAACUACACCUGAACAGUGAAAAGCAUCUAGCAUACUGUGUACUUGUAAGGAAAGAAGAGAAAGUGGCCUGCAUCCUUAUACUUGGAAAUUCAUGACCCCAGUUGAGUUUCAUCGCUGCUAGUCAUGGUGCCUGGCAAUGUUGUAGACAACACUUACCAAAUGUUGUGCAUAUAGCAAUAAUAAAUGUGUGCUGAAACUCUCUUUCCCAACCU